AUGGAAACACGUGUGAGUGACAUGAAGAUGGCCAUAGAUGAUGCUUUGAACGGCUUCUCUCCUGUCUCCACCCCUACCAUUUACUGGAAAUCCCGAAGAAGAUCAGCUAGCGGGAGGAAUUUAGAGGUAUCAGAAGAUACUGCUAAUACACCACCCAGCAAGCCGGAAGAUACUCCUCUUCCUUCUUCUAGUGAGGAGGUGCAGAACACAACUCCAAUAUCUGAGCGUCGAAAGGCCUUGUUUGAACCAUUAGAACCCAUAAAGAAUGUUAAUGGCCGACGACCCUCGGCUGAGUCUUUACUUCCUCCCCCUGACUUUGAAUCUGCAAACUAUCCUAAGGGCUGGUUGAUUGGAAAAAAGCGAAAGCUUGUUAAUGUGGAUGUUGUUGAAAGCAUGCGAAGGAUUGCCAUCCAAGAAAUGAACAGAAAGGACAGGGAAAUUGAUGGACUGAAUGAACAACUGGAGGAGGACUCACGUUGCCUAGAGCACUUGCAACUCCAGCUUGUGGAUGAACGAAGCAAACGUGCUCGAGUGGAAAGAGAGAAUGCAAUGCUUCAAGAACAAGUGAACAUGCUUAUGAACAUGUUACAAGAAGCAGAGCAAAUGGGGGAUGAAGGCCCGGAAGAACCUUAA